ACAGCCACUUCGUCUCUGCAAUUAAUGAAAUUGUUAGUUGUACAAACUUUUCGUUAAUAAAAUUCAGAUUAAUUUGACUGCGUGGCUUGUAAACAAACAAAGGAUUUGAAAAAUUGCAAUGUGGUCUCACCUAGAACGCGGAAGUUCCCCAGUGGAUUGGUGCGAAUCGAAUUACUCUAUUUCACCAGUUAUUGCAGAAUUUGUUAACACCGUUAGCAACGUACUGUUCUUCCUAUUCCCGCCGGUGCUGAUCCACCUUUUCCAAGAAUACGCGCGGGUUAUUAACCCCGCAAUUAACGUUUUAUGGGUACUUAUGAUGGUAGUUGGACUCAGCUCUGCUUACUUCCAUGCUACUUUGAGUCUUGUUGGUCAGCUUCUGGAUGAACUGGCAAUACUUUGGGUGUUCAUGGCCGCAUUCACGACCUUUUUACCAAGGAGACACUUCCCUAAGUUUUUGGGAGGGAACAGGUGAGGUUUAUAAUAUGUA